AUGACCGCGGACCUGGCGCCUCACGCAAAAGGAGGAUUGAAUCACCCUUCGGUACAUCGGCCAUCAUCAUGGUGUGCAAGCGACGACAAAGUUUGGACCAGUUUUGGCACAGGCCAGCGGCCCAAUGAUGUGGCCACGUCCGACCUUGCUCCAUAUGGCGACGUAAUCCCUCCGUCAUCCGAAGUUCGGCGCGUACGCGGGCGAAUGGCGAAGUACCCCAUGUCGAAUUAUAUUCCAUUGGUUGCUGUCUUGAGUAUGUCAGCGAUGCCCGGGUCAGUUGAAAGCUACUCGAGCUCUUUCGAAGCCAAAUGCUUAAUUAUCCAUUUCCGUUGUGACAUCGUAACCUUCUUGGGCAAUGCUAGGGGAACGGAUAAAUCGAGCUUCACAGUUUCAAACAGACGAGAUUGA